GUUGUUUGAAUUUUCGUUUCACCUUCCCAUUAUUUAUUCUGAUUAGAAUUUGCAUUUGUUGUCAUGUUUUCCAUGUAAAAGAAGAGUAUCGCUGUGUUCAGUUGGAGAAGAAAUGAAGCGGCUUCUAAGGCAUGGGCGGACGCUGUUGCCCCUUCUCUCUCAGAGCUCCUCAUCUACUUCGAGUUUCAGUGAGAUUCAGCGUCUUCCUCAUCUUCCUAUAGUUCCUCUUCCUUCGUAUCGUUCGGGGUUUCCUAGUGUGUAUUGGCUGUUCAGUUUUCUUAUUUUUAUUCAAUUAAUGGUUAUGUCUUUUUGGGUCCCCUCCUGUGUUGGUGCUGAUUAUACUGCAAUUGUUUGGGAGUCUGAAGCUUAUGUGUCUCUGCUUUUUUUGUGAACUAUAACUUGUGAUUACUUCCGUGUGUAUUCAUUUGAAUUGGGUUUGGGUGAAUUUGAGUUGCCAUUCGAGUUCCUUUGUCCUAGUUGAUUUUGCUGCGUCUAAAGAAUGAAGCUGUGACAUCAUUUGGAGAUGAAUUAAGAAUCACUAGGCUGUAUGGACUAUGGAGUUGACGCACGCUAUGAAUGUAAUGCCUAGGGAUGGAAGGCGAUCUUGAAUCUGUGGGAGCAAGGGUUGAAACUAAGCAGUGUGAUUGAUUUUUAAGGACACAUCUAGGUGUGUGUCCAUUUUCUAAUGGGUGGUCUUACCACAUUUCCUGACCACUGUUCUAUAGGAGAAUCGGAAAACAAAGCUGUUGAUUUGAUAGAUGCUUUUGAGGUCUAGGUGGAUGUUGUUGUGGAAGUUCGUACUUCGUGACUUAUGCAGGAUCAGACUGUGGAAGUCAUUCCUUGAUGUAUUCCAAAGUAUGGAGGUCAGAAUCAGCAUCAAACUCCAAAUUUUAUUCUAUUUUACAAACAAUCUUCGCUGGUGCUCUUGUUGGAAGUACUAUGCUUGAAUUUGCUCAAGCUGAGGCAGACAUUCAGCCUGGAUCUGCCUCUCAAUCACCAUCAAACAUUGGUGGAAAUGAGAAAAGGGUUGGACUUGAACGGGAAAGAGUAGAAGAGCUGCUAAGAAAGAAAGGGUUGCAGCGAGGCUCUUAUCCCCCAUUUAUUGUUGCUGUUAAAGGUCAACAGGUAACCUUGAGAUUUCAAGUGCCAUCUCAUUGUGAAGUGCAUCGGCUGAUUGUUGAUCUUGUCUCAAGACUUGGAUUAAAAACUGAUUUGCAUGUGGGUGGGUCGGAAAUGAAACUGCAUGCAUGGGAUAGUGCGGUUGCAUGGCAGCUAACAUUAAGUCCCCCAGAAGAGGUCAUGAAUGAUAUAAACAGCAAUCCUAAAACAUCGGGCGGGGAUUCAGAGUCCCUUGAAGUUCCAAAUAUGAAUGAUGGAAAGCUUUAUAUUGUUAUAUUUGAAUCACUUAUUGGAUCAAGCAAUGUGGAAAUAGAGUUUAUCAAACAAGGAUCAUUUACUGCCAAGGAACUUGAUGCUAUUGCUUGUGCGCUGAAAAUAGCCAGUAGUGGUUCAGAUACAAUAAGUGCCCCAGAAAAGAAACAUAGAGGCUUUCCAGAAAGAAGAGAUAAAUCGAAUACAACACAAGCACCAGUUAAAUCAAAGUCAUUGGAAGCAUUAGAAGCAAUGGGAGUGAAGGUCUUUGGACUGGAUGAAUCAAAUACUGUUUUUCACAAUUAUGAGAUAUCAUGGGAUAUUGUUGCAGGAUACUAUUGGCAAAAACGAGAAAUAGAGGAUACUGUGUUGUUGGCUCUACAUAGUCCAGAUGUAUAUGAUAAUAUUGCUCGAGGAACUAGGCGCAAGUUUGAGUCAAAUCGACCUCGAGCGGUUCUUUUCGAGGGUCCUCCAGGGACAGGAAAGACAUCUUGUGCUCGAGUUAUUGCUAAUCAAGCGGGUGUUCCUCUGCUAUAUGUACCUCUGGAGGUGGUAAUGUCAAAAUAUUAUGGUGAAAGCGAACGUUUAUUGGGCACUGUGUUUUCUCUUGCAAAUGACCUCCCAACUGGUGCAAUCAUAUUCCUUGAUGAGGUCGACUCUUUUGCUGCAACUCGUGACAGCGAAAUGCAUGAGGCUACGCGUAGAGUUUUGUCAGUGUUGUUGCGGCAGAUUGAUGGAUUUGAGCAAGACAAAAGAGUGAUAGUGAUUGCUGCAACAAAUAGAAAGCAAGACCUCGAUCCAGCUCUAAUUAGUCGUUUCGAUGCAGUUAUAACUUUUGACCUUCCUAAUCAGCAAGAUCGCGAGGAGAUAGCAGCACAAUAUGCAAGGCACCUAAACAAAACUGAACUUGCUGAAUUUUCUGUAGCCUUGGAAGGGAUGUCUGGGCGAGAUAUACGGGAUGUCUGUCAACAAGCAGAAAGGCACUGGGCUUCAAAGAUUAUUAGAAAACAGAUACCCAGUGAUGCCAUUGGUGGCCUUCCACCUCUCCAAGAAUAUGUUAUGUGCGCAUUGGAUCGCCGAAGAUCUCUGCUUACCAGCUCAGAAACGGCACACAAGAACCUCAAUUACCAGUCCAAGAGACGACCUGUGGCAUUUGCCAGUUAAAACAAAUACUUACCUCGUAGCAUUUUUGGCUUUACGAAGGAAAAACACUUGUUUGUACAGAUGGUCCAAAGUAAUCAACACUUACAUGUAAACCAGGCAUCAUCAUCACCAGAUCAAAGGCAGCAGAAAUGCUUUGGUAAUGCUACACUUCAUGGAUCAUGAUGUACACAUCGAAACUGAAAUGGACAUGAAAGGGGUCUUAUUAUCCUCUAAUGAAGCAAAAUGUAUUGGUCUUAAUUCUCUUAUCUUAGUUAUUACCUUUAGGAAAACUACAAAAAGAAAAAAAAAGUUUUAAGAAGAUGACAGCGAAAUUAGAUGACAGCAAUAGUUGUAUUUAAAACUUUUUAGCAUUAUCCAACAUAAAAUAGUGGUGAAUGGUAGAUUUCUGCGCUUCACGUGAA